AUGAGCACAGCAACACCACCACGGAAACGACUACCAGCAGCAGCAGCAGCAGCAGCAGCACGUGCACGGCAGCAGCAGCCAUCACGGGCAGUACCAGCGUCGCCCUGUGCAGCACUGCCAUCCCCAUCGCCCUGGCUGGCCCUGGACCUGCUUCUAGAGGCCUUCGUCACCAGCAAGCGAGUCCCUGCCGCGCCCACCACCAUAGCCGCCCGCAGCCCUGCAAGCAGCAGUGGUGGUGAUGGCAGUGGUACGGGUGUGCUGGCGCCUCCCCUGCUGGUGGGCUGCUGCUGGAGUGAUGACAGCUGUCGGGCUCUUCCUGAGAGUAUUGCUGGUGGGUGGUGGAGAGAGGGGAGGGGGGUGGGUAUUGGGAGUGGUUGGGAGUGGGAACGGAGUGAGGGGGAGAGAGAAUGUGAUACGGGGGUGCAGUGGGGAGGGCUGAGGGGAU